AUGCCCGCCCUAAAAUUUGAUCUGGCAAUUUCGGAUGAGGAAGGGUUAACUGAGAAAAAAGAGUGGAAACUUGACGGAAAGCUCCUGUCGGUUCUGGAUCCGGGCACUUCCGCACCGGAUUUUUGUGACGUGGAUAAUGUCCCAUUCAUACCUGGACUUGAUCUAUGUGAACGAUUUUUCUUCGAUCUUGUUAAACCAUUACUUGACAAAGACUAUCCAUCACUCGAAUAUGUAGCUUGUCGACUUGGAGAAGGUUCUGAUGUGCUUGGUUUCGAUACGAAUCAAUCUCGGGACCAUGAUUGGGGACCGAAAUUCGAUCUUCUCCUCGAAGAUGAACAGCAUAUCGACGAAUUAAACACAUUCUUCAGCAAACACCUACGUGGAAAAUCUAUUUGUGGCUAUUCCACACAAUUUCAACGAUUCACGGAACAAGACGGGGCUACUACUCUGGUCAAUACUCCAGAUGAUGAUGAAAGUACUUGUCAUGGUAUUCGUAUUAUGACAAUGAAACAAUUCUUUGUCAGCUAUCUUAAUUGGCAAAUUGGAACUGGCGAGCCAACGCUUGAAGAUUGGUUAACAUUUCCAACUCGCAUUCGAACACAACUGGCUUACUAUCCGAAAGACAUUUGGUUAUAUUUAAUCGGCUGCUGUUGGCAGCGUAUAGGUCAAGAAGAACAUUUAAUGUGUCGUGCUGGACAAGCCGAAGACGAACUCGGUUCAGCCAUCAUUGCCAGCCGAUUGAUACGCGAUGUCAUGCGACUUACUUUUCUCUUAGAAAAACAGUACUGUCCAUAUGCAAAAUGGCUUGGUACUGCAUUUCGACGAUGUACUACACAUGGUUCAUCGCUGGAACCCAUACUACAACAGGUACAACUAGCACAAACGUGGCAAGAACGUGAACAGUAUAUCAAUCAGGCCUAUGAGCGAUUGGCACUGCUAACUAAAGAAAAACUAUCGGAUAUAAUUGAUUCAACGAAAUAUUCGAUUCCUAGUGAAAGAAGUCAAUUUCAUGGUCGACCAUUCUACGUAAUAAAUGGAGGUGCAAUUGCUGAUAUCAUAUUUGCUCAGAUCGAAAAUGCUCAAAUUCGACAAUUACCACGAAUUGGUAGUACUGAUUUAUUUAUCGACAAUACCGAUGCAAUGCUUUCUGAAUUACGUUUGAAAAUGAAACGAAUCUUUCAAUAA